UGCAUCUAUUCCAAUCUUUACUACAAAAACUAGAUGCAAAGAACGAAGCUUUCAACAUCAUUUAUUAAACGUUCAUAAAUUGUUAUAGGAAACAAGAUGGACACUGCCACACACACAACAGUCGAUGACAUUCCCACCACCGAAUUUGACUAUGACUCAUCACCGUGCACAGAUACCAAAGGCCAGAAAUUUGCUUCCCAUUUUCUGCCAACACUUUACACUUUGGUACUCAUAUUUGGCAUGCUGGGUAAUGCACUAGUUGUGCUAAUCCUCAUCAGAUACAAGAAACUCAAGAGCAUGACUGACAUCUACUUGCUGAAUCUGGCCAUCUCUGACUUGCUUUUCGUGGUCUCGCUCCCAUUUUGGGCUUAUUCUGCAGCCAAUGAAUGGAUAUUUGAAGAUGCGAUGUGCAAAAUCCUUUCUGGGAUAUAUCUUAUAGGCUUCUAUAGUGGGAGCUUUUUCAUCAUUCUGUUGACCAUCGAUCGGUACUUAGCAAUAGUCCAUGCAGUUUUUGCAUUAAAAGUCAGGACGGUGGUCUAUGGCAUUGUCACAAGUGUUGUCACAUGGUGUGUGGCAAUAUUAGCCUCAAUACCAGGGUUCAUCUUUAACAAAUUACAACGAGAAGAUAACCGCUACAGAUGCACUCUCAAUUUUCCACAUGAAACACAUGCCAACUGGAAUCAGUUUCUGACACUGAAAAUAAACUUGAUUGGCCUGGUCUUCCCUAUGAUGGUGAUGAUCUUCUGCUACGCUCAGAUCAUAGUAACCCUGAUGAGACGCAGAAACGAUAAAAAGAACAAAGCAGUCAGGCUGAUUUUUAUCAUCAUGAUUAUUUAUUUUCUUUUCUGGGCCCCGUACAACAUUGUUCUCCUGCUCCAGACAUUCCAAACAUCAUUUCGUCUUGACAACUGUUAUGACUAUAGUAAUUUGGGGAUUGCGUUACAAGUGACCGAAAUAUUAGCAAUGGCCCAUUGUUGCAUUAACCCUGUGAUCUACGCUUUUGCUGGCGAGAAGUUCCGAAAAUAUACAUGUAUAUUUUUCCAGAAGCACAUUGCUUUUCCUCUGUCAAAACACUGCCGUUUUUUGUAUACAGAGCCUCUGGAACGUGCGAGUUCUACAUAUUCCCAUUCCACUGGAGAGCAAGACGUUUCAGCUGUGUUGUAAAGGAUGUCCAAAGAGAACUCAACCUGACUAAUACAGUUUUUCAUCUCUCGCUAUGUGUAGGACUCGGACUAUAAACAGUUGAGCCUUUAUAACAAUGCAGCUUUAAUUUUGGAGAACACCUU